GCCCCCCCCCCCCCCCCCCCCCCUGAGGUGUUUUUGUAUUUCCACGCUGCGGCUCAGUUACCUGAAGGAGCCUCGAUGACUUGAAGCAGCGACGCUGAAAUUCAGGUGCAUCUUAAACCCGACACACAUGGAUGUCAGAAGGAAAAGGCCCAAUGAUGCUGCCCACGUCGGUCCACUUGGCUUCAGCAACUAAUAGUCACAUCAGCCACCUGAGCAGCCACCGCAACACACCUGAAGAAGACGAUGAAACCAUGAGCACAGAGCUGAGAGACGCCAGCAUCCUUUCCAAACCGGAGUCCUCCUCUGACCUUUUGGACCGCCACCUUCUUCCAGACCACAAUGGCUCCCUGUUCAGCAGGCAGAGUCCGGACACGGAGCAAGAGCACAAGCACAUCAGGGCCCUCCCCCAGUCCAGCUUCUGCUCAUCACAACCCCCUCACAGUUUGCCAGCUGGGUACAGCCCGCCAACUCCUUUCCCAAGCCAGGCCUACGGCAGCUGGCUCCACCCGAGUUUUGCUAGCAGCUGGUCGGGGUAUCCCAACAGCCUGCCUUCCUGUCUGAGCCAGAAGGAUAACUCCAGCUGUUCUGGAGAGAGCUGCCUCUCCAGAUACAAGUUCCUAUCCCUCCCCAGCACUCAAAGCACCAGCCUGGGCAGCUUAGAGCAGCCUCUCUCUCUGCGCUCCAACCCCCCUUCAGCCAACCUCUACCACCACACGCUGUCUCCAUACUCGUGUGCGCCACAGGGGCUCGGCUGCUGUGCUCAGUGUCCCGCAGACACCUUCAGCAGGGGGGCAGCGGGCAACAAGCACCCCUGGCCUGAGUUUCAUCCAGCAAACGGCCCAUUUCCUGCAGGUGGAUUCACACAGAUUGACCACAAUGCACCAGCCAAAGAGAAGUGGCCUCCUUGCAGCGCCCCGCUGUCUCUGGAGCAGAGGCGUGUCUUUGUCACUUAUGAAGCCGACAACGACAAACACGUCAAUGAGAUCAUCAACUUUGUGGCUCUGCUGCGGCACAAUGGCUUUGACACGCACAUUGAUAUUUUUGAGCAGCAGUUCAGAAGCAUAAGCAAGAUUGACUUCAUGGAGCGGUACCUGAGUGAGAAAGAGUACCUGAUCAUCAUCAUCAUCAGCCCCAAGUACUACGAGACGGUGACGGCCUCCCCUGUUGGGCUGGAGAAUGACGAGAGGACCUUCAACACAGUUUACAUACAUAAACAGCUCCAGAAUGAAUUCAUCCAGAAUGGAAGCAAGAAUUUCAGGUUCAUUCCCAUUCUGUUCCCCGGGGCUAAAAAGUGUCACGUCCCUAAUUGGCUCCAGAACACACAUGUAUACGGAUGGCCACGUGAUCGGGAUGACAUCCUGCGGCGGCUCAUGAGGGUCGAGAAGUACAACCCACCACCCAUCGGGGAGCUUCCGACCAUCGUUUCCAUCCCCAUUUAGAAAACUCUGAGCUCACAGACUGGACUGAAAUCUUAUUGGCUGUUGGUCAUUACUGGGGUGAACAGGGCUUCAUAUGCACGUUGGAUUUCUUUCAUUUUUUUAACUUGACUGCACAGUGGCGAUGAGGUGCUUCUUGUGAACAGAUGUUUGUUUAAAUUAAUCUCACACCAUCUUGGUUUGAUAUGGAGGUGCAGAGUCGAGCUUUUAAAUAUCGCUGCAGCUUGUUACUGUGCAUCAAGCUAUGUGUUCACUGGUGCUCCUCCAAUAAGUUUAUGAAAGAGGAUGUGUUAUAAUUACCAGCUCUGUAUUUUUUAAUUCUUGGACUCAACCAGAGGUGCUUUGCAUGAUUUACAGUUCAAAGUAUUCCUUGUUUAUCGGACCAGUGCAGAAGCUGUUUGAGGAGACUGUAAGCCAUGUUGUUAAAGCUACAGUUUACACGUGUUCCCUAAAUGCAUCAUGCACAGGUAAUCAUGAAGUUACUGUUUUGAAAAGAGGACCGCUGUACAGAUGCGCUGCCUGAGUGUGAGCGAGUGAUCGCGGCUGUGCAGAUUUCUCAAGAACCGUCUGCAAAAUAAAUGAAAUGUUAAGUUAGAAUUUUAGGGCGAGCUUUCUUGUUUUCACAUGCCUUCAAAUGCCUCUUUUAGGUGAGGGUGCGGCUCUCUUAUAGGACUGCGUUAAAAGGUAAAGCAAAGACUAUGAUGUGGAUCUUUCCAUAAAUGUACUCACACAUUGCAGAUCUUAACAACUUUGGUUCUUUCUGUUUGGCCGACUAUGAAAGGGAUUCAGCACAAGACUAUAAACUGAGCUACAGGAGUAAGAAGUGAAUGUCCUUUAAAAAGAUGGCUAAACACACCUCUGUGUGUGCACGUGUGCCUAAACUCUGGUAACAGAACAACUUUUAGACAAAACAUGAGAACUCCUCCAUGUGAACAACCUCAAAUUCAGCACUGCACUCAUUAGUGGCCCAAGCGACGCAUCUGCCAAUAUUCAAGCGGCGUGGACGAACGGUUGUUGAGCUGAGUGCGAGAUACCCGGCCAUCAUGAAACCUCUCAGUUUAUCUGCACCUUUCUUCUGAUUGGCUGACUCUGGCAAACAGAAGGUUUAAACAGAUGAGUGGGAAGUGGGUUGCUGAAAUGACCAUAUUAGGGAGAUUCUGAAAACGAGCACUUGGAGCAGUUUGAAGCCUGAGGUGUUGGGAUUACUUGUACAUACGAGGACCUCAUUAUCUGACACACUUUCCUUGUUUAUAUUAAACAUCUGCUGCAACAAUAUACAGCACUGUGCAAAAGUCUUG